CUCAACAUGUCUGCAGAUCGUCGUCACCCCGCUUCUCUCAUCCCAAGGUCUCAACACAGUUCCGAUCUACUUGAGCUCGUCCGCAAGCCGGUCACUAUGGACAUGGUUUCUUAUAUUGCCCUUCAGUGUUCUCGUGUUAUCCUUAUCGAAGAUCAGCCGCUCCUUCCGACACCUCCGCAUACACCUGUCAAGUCUGUCCUUCCCGCCGACAAGAGCUCUCUGAACCCGCCGCUGCCAUCCCUGGAGGAUUUCAUCGUUCACAUCGCCACCAAGUCUAACGUUCAGGUUCCCACACUUUUGACCACGCUCAUUUACUUGAACCGGCUUCGCUCGAAGCUUCCCGCCAUGGCUAAAGGUAUGCCGUGCACUAGACACCGGGUCUUCCUGGCCACCCUCAUUGUAGCGGCCAAGUAUCUCAACGACUCGUCUCCCAAAAACAAGCACUGGGCCGCUUAUGGCGUUCUCUUUGACAUCGCCGAGAUUAACCUCAUGGAAAAGCAGCUGCUCUUCUUGCUUGACUACGAUCUCCGCUUUGAUGAAGCCGAAGCUUGCACUCACUUUGGUCCUUUCAUGCCCUCCAAAACCCGGUGUAUGCCAUCGCCCGCGGAGCAAGAAACGCGGGCUGCGGCUGUCGAUAAGGUCUCCAAAGCUGGGAAGGCUAGAUCUAGGGGCCCAUCUCCGCCCACUCCCGAACGUUGCUCUGCUCCUCCUGCGCCUCCCUCAUUUGUCUCCACGGUCAAGUGUAUCGCUCAUCGCCUCUCGACCAACCGUCUCUCAAUCAAUGCCGCUCAGCUGUCUGCUAAAUCAUCGGGCGCUGCGAUUCCUUCCCCGAUCUCCAGCGUCCAUAGCUGCGAUAGCUUGAGCGCACCUGAAUCGGAUCCAGGUUCCCUCACUGAGGACAAUGGCUCGUCGACAGGCUCGCCGAGUGACUCCGAGGUUGAGGAUGAGAAGAAUAGCACCCAAAGCGGUGUUCGCAGGGCCCGCUUCGUUCUGCCCUCGGUACCAUCCCACGUGUAUAGGGAGGGACGCAAGACUUCUGCCACAUCAGUCAUGUCUGAACGGACUGUCAAGGGC